GACACCAUUUAUAUACUGAUACGUGAGAAGAGGGGACAGAGUUGUGAGCAAAGGCUUGAAUCGCUAUUACAGUCAAAACUGUUUAGUUUCGCACUCGAUAUCAAUAAAGUCCGACACAAAGUGGUUGCCAUCGCCGGCGACCUAUCCAUCGAUGGUAUGGGUCUUAAGGACUCGGACCGGGAACUACUGGUAUCAAAGGUGUCGGUGAUAUUUCACGUAGCGGGAGAUGUGAAGUUCAAUGAGACGAUUAGGGAUGCGGUCACUCAUAACCUGAUUGGCACCGCACAAGUGGUGCGACUCUGCCAUCAGUGCCGGGCAUUGGAAGCACUCAUUCACGUGUCCACAGCCUAUGCCUUCUGUCAGCGCUCGGACUUAGAGGAGAAGAUAUAUCCCAUGAAAGUCACGCCCGAAGAGGUUAUACGUGCCGUACAGACCAUGAAUGACACCGAACUUACCCGGUAUUAC